AUGUUUUCUUUACCAAGCAAGAACGGCCUCCAGAUAUUACUUUUGACACUUUCAUGCAUAUCAACGAUAGAGGCCCAGUUCUUCGGACAAUCGUCGUCCUCUAAUUCAUCGGCCGUCUCCAGUUCACACUCGUCGUCGAUAAGCACGUUGGAAUCGUCAAGCACCCUAUCUUCAUCAAGUUUGAUUUCCUCUUCAAGUGCUGUAUCAUCUUCUCUUUCUUCGUCAUCAUCCAAGAAGUCUUCUUCCUCUCACUCGUCUUUAUCCACUAGCGUUGCCUCCGUGUCGUUCACGUCAUUUAGUUUCACAUCUACCUCAGGUAGUGACAGCUCCUCAUCCGAGGCUUCGUCUACAUCGGAUUCUUCGAGCUCUUCUGUUUCUUCAACCUCAACGUCUUCAGCAUCAUCGUCUACGUCCGAGUCGUCAUCAACAUCUUUUUCUUCCUCCUCUUCAUCUACACCAUCGUCCACUUCUUCGUCCCCCUCGACAAUCACCUCUACAGCUUCAACUACUUCUGCCCCAACCGUUUCUUCCGAUAGUCGCGGCAGCACCAUCACCAGUAUCAUUAAUGGUAAAACGAUCCUUUCUAACCACUAUACCACUGUUACGUAUUCCCCAUCAGCGACUGCCGAUCCUAAUAACAAAACAAAAAGCUCUGGUCUUUCGAAAAAAAAUAGAAAUAUUGUUAUUGGUUGUGUCGUUGGUAUUGGUGUUCCAUUAAUCUUGAUAAUUCUGGUCUUAAUUUACAUGUUUUGUAUCCAAUCAUCAAGAACAGAUUUCAUUGAUUCAGAUGGAAAAGUCGUUACAGCCUACAGAGCUAACAAAUUCACCAAAUGGUGGUAUAUGCUUUUGGGUAAGAAAGUCAGCGACGAGUACCAAUCUAAUUCGCCAUUAGGUGGUAGCACAUCUUCCGCAGGUGGUUUGGAUCUCGACGAAGCAGAUGACGUAAUGGAUCAAAGUUCUCUCUUCGAUAUGAGGGUAAGAGACAGCGACAGCAUACCACGUACUACCAAUAACGCCAAUCAUAAUACUAAUAGCGGCGGAGAAAAUGUGAAUAGUAGUGCCGCAUCAAAUGAUAUUAUAGAAGAAAAGUUUUAUGAUGAACAUGGUAACGAAUUAUCGCCACGAAAUUACUAA